AUGUACAAUGAGGAAAUGUUACAGUGGCAAGGCCAGACAUGCCCCAGGCAGGGAGGACGGAUGACGACCCUCGGUGACUGGCUCGCAGGCGUCACCGCCCGGGCAUCCCACGCCGGGAGGGUCUGCUGCAAGACCUGCGUCAACUUUGACGUCUCCAACCUGCCAGGAUGCAUGACGGCGUACUCGGAGCGAUACUCUCUCUACGACCACACGAUCUCGCUCGAGCGCCUCUUGGAGACGGCAUCGUCCGGCUGCCAACGAUGUCAGGUCCUCGCCCAGGCCUACUUUUAUCUCUGUCCAGGAGAUGACUGCGAUAUUCGACUGAAGUUCUUGCCGUCGUCCGUCGUUAUGUCGAGGUCCUUGGCGUGUCUGGAGAUACUCCCGGCGGAGGAAUCGGCACUGGGAUUCAUGGGGUUUCCCACGCCUAAGAAGGGACGUCACAGGCAUUCUAGGAUAGACUCGCGGGAGCCCUAUGAGGCCAUCGUACUAGCUAUCAACGAGUGCAUCCGAGACCACGCUGACUGUCGGCCCCCGACUACACCAGUCCUACCAGCAAGGCUCGUGGAAGUGCCGCCCGAAAACGGAUUGCCAGUUAAAGUGGUUGCGUUGCCACCUGAUUCCAAACCGGAGUACACGGCCCUAUCUCAUUGCUGGGGCAAAUUCCCUCUGCUCAAGCUACUGAAGCGCCACGGAACUGGAGACGUGGAGUUUCAAUGGGAGGAUCUUCCGCAGUCAUUCAAGGACGCCUGCACCGUCACGAGAUACCUGAACCAGAAGUACAUCUGGAUCGACUCUCUGUGCAUCGUACAAGACGAUGCGGACGACUGGAGGAGAGAGGCGGCAAAGAUGGGCUCCAUCUACGAGGGAUCCUACGUUACAAUCGCCGCGUCAGAUGCCGCCGGCAGCGUCGACGGGUUCCUCCACUCGCGGUUCGAAGCAAAUAACUUCGUCGUAGACGACAACAAAGGUCGGCUCAUCCGCUUCGUGGCACGCGACUAUAAUCUCGAGAUGCACAACUCCAAGUUCUUCCACCACGGAGACACGCCCGACCACGAGUGGCUCAUGCGUCCCGUCGACAUGGACCAUAGAUUCAUAAAUCCCAUCCUACUCCGCGGGUGGUGCUUCCAGGAGCGUCUUAUGGCCAAGCGCAUUCUGCACUUCAAGCGCUACGAGUACUUCUUAGAGUGUAACAAGGGCGUAAGGUGCGAGUGCUCAGGCAUGGCCAAGACGCGACAGGGUACGAUCAAAUCGUAUUUAGCCAUUAUGCUUAAGGAGAUGCUUGAUAGCUUCGAGCUCAUGAAGGCCGCCAAGAUGCAUGAGAGUCUAGUGGAGCAUCUCGGUAUGCGAAGAAGCAUCGAACCGGCCUCGGCAAACGCCGAUGAGCGCCUCAUGCAGGUAUGGGAGGCGCUUGUCGAAAAUUACUCGCGGACAGCCUUCACCUACGAAGAGGACGUGCUCCCAGCACUGGGUUCCCUGGCCAGGUUUUUCCAGGCCAAGAGGCCAGACUGGACAUAUCUGGCGGGGUUGUGGAAGGAGGCACUGCCGAGAGGGUUAAUGUGGACCAUGGAGAACUCUAGGGGUCUAGAUGCCCGAAAGGCUCGACGCGGAAAGCCCGAAUCGUCACAAUUACAAUCCCAGAGCUCUCCGUCUGCUCGACCGCCAGUGGCACCAUCUUUCUCGUGGGCUGCGUUGGCCGGUCGAGUCCGAUACAAGACGGCCGAAUAUGCGAGGAAGCAGGAGGUAGACGUCGUCACCGCCGGAGUCGACGCCAUAGGAGACGAAAUAUUCGGAGACGUCAGUUCCGGCUUCAUUGUGCUUCGCGGCCGGGCCGUUAGCUUCCGGUUCCCUCGAUACUCACCGGGCGGUAACGCCAUCGCCCAUAACACAGCGCAGGGGGCAUCAAUAGCAAUCUACGAUGGAUGGGAAGGGGGAUACUGCGAGAGUUCCGAGCAGGACGUUGAAAUCUGCAAGGAUAUCAAGAGUGAUGUUUGGGAGCCGACGAAUAAGGUCGAGUCUGGAAUGGAAACGAUGGGACGGGUCGUCGGCUUCGACACCGAUCAUGAGCACUCUGCAUAUUUUAGUGCACAGCCUGGGGUGCGCCGCAAUGACCCUUCCGACCAAAGCUCAAGCAUAUUAGAACCACUCAUUCUGUUACGUGUGUUCUCAGUCGUCGAACAUGGCAUGAGGGGUGUUGGCGCGGCAUGCCUGAUGCUCAGGAAGUGCCAUGACAGGCCAGAUUCUUAUCGGAGGGUCGGGCUCAGGACGGCGAAGAAUAGGAUCUUCGAGGAUGCCAAAGAGUACGAAAUCCGCAUUGAAUGA